UGAACGGUCUGAGAGUAGUGAGAGAACAGAGAGACGGAGAGAGUGAGGAGAGAACAGACUGAAUGACAGAGAUGGACACACUGUUGUGUUUUCCAACAUUUAUACACUUGUAACGUGUGUUGUCUGUGUGUGUGUGUGUGUGUGUGUGUGUGUGUCUGAGCUGGAUCUGAUUGACAGUUGCUCAGUCUUUGUGUUUGCUCUUUGGUUUUCUUGGAUGCUGAAGGAUCUGAUGUGGGAGAUACAGAGUCACCCAGCACUGCUUUACACCUGGACGCAAGAGCUGCACUGAGGUCUGCUCAGUGGUCAGGACAGAGUGGGUGGACAGACAGAAGACAAGUGUCCACAUCAGCGUACGUCGUCUGUGCAGCUGUCAGAAGAACUGUCUAGCCAAUCAGGAGAGGCGAGGGGAGAGGUGAGCCAAUCAAAGGGGGAGAGAUGUUGGGGCAGGAUGGGCGUGCGGCCCUGACUGUCAUGUCAUUACUGCUGCUACUGUGGCACGAAGCAACACCAAUUGAAGUCCCACAAGACGCAAAGAUCCUGCAAGACCUGAAGCAGCCCCCCACCAUUGUCAAACAGUCAGUGAAGGACUACAUUGUCGACCCCAGAGAUAACAUCAUCAUCGAGUGUGAGGCCAAGGGCAACCCAGUGCCAAUGUUCUCAUGGCGAAGGAACGGCAAGUUUUUCAACAUCGGGAAAGAUCCCAGGGUGACGAUGCGGAAACGAUCAGGAACCCUGGAGAUCGGUUUCCGUAGUGGAGGGCGACCAGAGGACUACGAAGGAGAAUACCAAUGUUUCGCCAGCAAUGACUUUGGAGUCGCUCUGUCCAACAAAAUCCUGCUACGGGUCUCCAAGGCUCCUCUGUGGCCAAAGGAGGUGCUAGAGCCGGUUGUGGUGACGGAAGGCUCCCCAAUGGUUCUACCCUGCAACCCUCCACCAGGCCUUCCUCCCCCGUUCACCUUCUGGAUGACCAGCUAUAUGAUGCCAAUCCGUCAGGAUAAGAGAGUGUCCAUGGGUUUGAAUGGAGACCUGUACUUCUCCAAUGUUAUUGCUCAAGAUGCUCAAAGAGACUAUAGCUGCAGCGCUCGCUUCCUCUUCACACACACCAUCCAGCAGAAGAACCCCUUCACACUCAAAGUCCAGAACAGGGAGCCAAAUAAUGACACAUCUUACAUUGCCCCUGACCCCUAUGGUGGCCGUAAAGUAGCUGAGACCACGCCAACCUUCCUCUCACCAUCAGGCAGUGAGAGCUCCAAAAUGGUGCUACGAGAUGAGAGUCUGCUGCUGGAGUGUAUCGCUGCUGGACUACCGACGCCUACCAUCAAGUGGUUUAAGAAGGGCGGGGACCUGCCAGGGCAGAAAAUGAAGUUUGAGAACUUCAACAAGACCCUGAAGAUUGUCAGUGUGUCAGAGGAGGAUGCUGGGGAGUAUGUGUGCAUGGCCAACAAUCACUUAGGCAGCGCACGCCACUCCAUCUAUGUCCAGGUGAAAGCGGCUCCUUACUGGCUGGACAAACCUACAGACCUGGUCCUGGCCCCGGACGAGAACGGGCGCCUGGUGUGUCGGGCCAACGGCAACCCUAAACCCGACAUUCAGUGGCUGAUCAACGGACAGCCUAUAGACAGCGCUCCGCCCAACCCGAGCAGACAGAUGCUGGGUGACACCAUCAUCUUCCGCUCAGUGCAGAUGGGAAGCAGCGCUGUUUAUCAGUGCAACGCCUCCAACCAGCACGGCUAUCUGCUGGCCAACGCCUUCGUCAGUGUUCUCGACAUGGCUCCGAGGAUGCUGGGCCCUAAAACCGAGCUGAUCAAAGUCGUCCGGAACAACCGCACCUUCCUGGAUUGUCCGUUCUUCGGUUCCCCUCUGCCGGAUCUCCGUUGGUUUAAGAAUGGACAGGGCAGCGGGCUGGACGGCGGUCACUACCGUGUAUACAUCAACGGCACCCUGGAGAUCAAAAAAGCCAGAGCGGAAGACGAGGGCACCUACACCUGCGUGGCCCAAAACAUCCUGGGUAUGGCCAGCAAGCAGGUUGGCCUGGAGGUCAAAGAGCCGGUUCGUAUAGUUCAAGUCCCCGAGCACCAGACGGUCGUCAGGGGCAAUGUGGCUCAUUUCGCCUGUAAGGUGGAGUCUGAUCCCAGCCUGCCCGUCACCGUGGUCUGGACCAAGGACGACAAGCCUCUCGUUUUGGGAUGGAGGCUGAAGAAGGACGACGAGUCGCUCACCAUCCCCAAAGUGAACGAGGGCGAUGAGGGAACAUACACCUGCACUGUUACAUCUGAGAUAGACCAGGACUCUGCCUCAGCCCGCCUCACUGUGUUAGAGGAAGCCUCCCUCAACCCCUCAGUCUCUAGUGCCUUGCCUCCAGAUCGUCCAGACUCUCCCAUGGAUCUGGAUCUGUCGGACCCAGCAGCCCGCAGUGUCCGCCUCACCUGGAUCCCCGGAAAUGACCACAGGAGCCCCGUCGCAGAUUUCUUGGUCCAGUUUGAGGAGGACCGCUGGGAGCCAGGCAGGUGGCAGAACUUGUCCUCUUACCCAGGGGACCUCAACUCUGUCGUCCUGCAGCUGGCCCCCUUCGUAAACUACCAGUUCAGGGUCAUCGCGAUCAACUCAGUGGGCCCGAGUCAGCCCAGCAGCCCGUCGCCACGAUACAAGACCAGCGGAGCAGCCCCAGAUGCCAUUCCCAGAGGGCUGCGGGGGUGGGGCUCCAAGAAGGACAACAUGGAGAUCACCUGGGAGCCUCUGCUUGAUCUGGAGAGAAAUGGCCCAAACCUGUACUACAAUGUCUGGUGGAGGCAGAAGGAUACGGGGGAAGAGUGGAGUAACGCGACCACACUGGAGUCCAAAUAUAUCGUCCCCAACACAGACACCUAUGUGCCCUAUGAGAUCAAAAUCCAGGCCAGGAAUGAGUUUGGAUCAGGACCCGAGUCUAAUGUGGUGAUCGGAUACUCCGGAGAGGACAAUCCCACCGAGGCUGCCACUGACCUGCGGGUGUCAAAGGUCGGGAGCAUCAAAGCCACCAUCCACUGGAAGGCUGUGGACCCCAGCUCUGUCCAGGGAGAGUUCAAAGAGUUCAGACUGUACUACUGGCGUGAGUCCAGUCUGGUCCCGGGUCUGGUGGUCAGUAAGGAGAAGAAGACCAAAGGUUUCUACAGCACGUUGGCCGAGCCGUCCGGGAUCCUCAGUGACCUGGUGCCUUUUUCCAAAUACAAGAUGUUUAUGGUUGUGGCCAACAGCCGCUUUGAGGGUCCGCCCAGCAACACGGUGGAGUUCACCACCAAGGAGGGAGUCCCUGAUGCUCCAAGGUUCUUCAGGAUCAACCGGAGGAGUUUCGACACCCUCUACCUGGAAUGGGACAAACCUCUGGAGCCCAAUGGCAUUCUGGUUGGAUACCAGCUCAAGUAUCAAACAGUCAAUGGCUCAAGGGGAGGUCGCCUACAGCUAGAGUCGUUUCUUCCCAACGUGACGAACUUCACCCUCCGCCUGCCGGACCGAUCCACCCGCUACAGGUUCUACCUGUCGGCAAUCUCCCGGAUAGGAACAGGGGAGGACUUUGCUGAGGAGUCGCCACACUUCACAGAGGACAUCUUUACUAACACUACAGCUCUAGUCGAACUUACCGACGCCCCCGUGGCCUCACCUCUCACUCGUACUCCUCCUCUCGCUCCUCUUCCUCCUACUACCAUCGCUACUACAACCAUUAGUACCUCAACUACCACCACUCCUCCAACUACGACUUCUUCUACUACUGCUCCUCCUCCUCCUCCUCCUCCUACUACUACUACUACUACUACUACUACUACUACCACUCCUUCUACCACCACUACAACUGAGGCGACCACUACCACCACGCCUCCUGCGCCGAUCACCACCGGGCACACAGAUCAGAAUGUGUUGGUGGUCCCCGGUCGGGCGAUCUGGGAUGUGACGGCGGAGCCUGACAGUAACUACACUAACGUCAGCUGGAGACACAACUUCCCGGCCGGCAGCAGCGAGUUUGUGCUAGAGUUCACACUGGACAGCGACAAGACGGUGAAAGUUGUGCCAGUGAAUCAACAACCCCCCGUUGCAGUGGCGGAUCUAAUCGCGGGCGCCAAGUAUCAUCUGAGGGUUUACUCCCAUGAGCUCAACAGCAUCAGCAGCAAACCUGUCACCUUUGAGACCAAAGCAGCCUACAUAGACCAGGUAGACAUAGCCACUCAGGGCUGGUUCAUUGGCUUGAUGUGUGCCAUCGCCCUCAUCAUACUGAUCCUCCUCAUCGUCUGCUUCAUCAAGAGGAGCCGGGGCGGCAAAUACCCAGGUGGAGGCUGUGUGACUGGGUUCACAAAGUGUUUCGUGCGUGACAAAAAAGAUCUCCCCUUAGACCCCGUGGACCAGAAAGACGGGGACGGCUCCUUUGAUUACCAAAAUGGGUCAUCUGUCCCUGACAGGAAUGAGAACGAACACAGCAGCGACGAGGACAACAAGCCUCUGCAGGGCAGCCAGACCUCGCUGGACGGCAACGUGAAGGAAAGCGACGACAGCCUGGUAGACUACGGCGAGGGCGGCGACGGCCAGUUCAACGAGGACGGCUCCUUCAUCGGCCAGUACACGGUGAAGAAGGACAAGGAUGAGACGGAGGGCAACGAGAGCUCCGAGGCCACCUCACCCGUCAACGCCAUCUACUCGCUGGCAUAGCCCAUCAGCAGCACACGGGGGACAGGGCAGCCACCCCCACCCCCCAUCCCUUUGAUUCAAGGGCGAUUCGACACACCACAGCACCACACACCACACACACACAUACACACACACACAUGAAUAUAGUACUAUAUGAAACACGGUAAACAGGAAGUGCAGCAGGGUCUGUGUGGAGACUGUACAGACUUUCCUCUGCAGGAAGUGGAACCAGACCACAAGCCUUUACUUUACGUUUCCAGCUCUGAGAGGAUGGCCCAUAUGAGGGCAAUUGGACACAGUGGACAGUGCUUGUUUAUCUCUGCUCUGCCGGCCCGUCACCCACACAGACUCGGAGUGUGCCUUCUGGGCAGCGUUCAGCAUCUAGAGGCAUCAAGCAUCGUUUGAGAUUUUCCUUUGGUUCAUUUCUGCUCCGAAUGUUUUCAGUGUCACUGCUCUCCUCCCUGAUACACCCCUCAUACACACACACACACACACACACACACACACACACACACACACACACUCACACACACUCACACGCCCCAUACUGUAACAUAUCAGCUUCUAACCAUCGAUCUCAACAGGAUGCUGGCAGAUAUGUUUAUCAUAUUGAUAUUUACGCAGUGAAAGAUUUUAGUUUCUCCACAGCUGGUAGACGAGUCAUUGAAUCCUAAUGAAUGCUGUGUACAGACCUGGCACACAUGUUGGUGCCCUGCGAAACUAUGCACUAUCACCUCCUCUGUACCUUCACGGUUUAAUCUGGUUAGUAAAAGGUCAUUUUCACUUCCUUUUUUACCACCUGCAGGCUGAACUCACGCUUUCACUCACUUUGCCUUGUACAAUGUGGUAGACAUGUUACCUCUAAUCCAAUGUUGUAGUGCAGAUGAUCAAAAUGGCUGCCACGAUAAAGGCCACGUCUACCGCCAGCAGCAGACGCUGCUACAGUCUGUUGUCAGUGGAUCCCAUCAUGGUCGUGUCUGAGGCAGCGGAGAGGAAAGUUAGUUUAGCUUGUGAAACAGCAGCAGACCACGACCCAGUGAAUCCUGGUUAGCUUGCAGGCUAAUGCUGCAUUCAUGUCACUUGGGAAAAUUAAGAGUUUUAUACCAAAACCAAACUAAAUACUGACUAAUUACGAUUGAAAAAAGAUUUAAAAGUUAAGAUAUUUUUCUACACCAACCUACAUGUAUUUACAAACCCCAGAGCUCCCAGUUAGCUGUUAGCUCCUGUGGGCUGAGGUGUGUUGGGCUACGGCCUGUCCAGUGGGACAUGAAUGCAGCAUGAGAAGCUGGGAUCCUUGAGGUGCUUUCAGACUAAAUUUCCUGCAUUGUGUUAUGCACACAAAUUCAGCAACUGGAUUGUUAUUACAGUCUGUGUUUUUUCGUCCCAAACAGCCGGCGCUACAGACGUUAGCUGUGAGCUAGCAGAGGGGUCUGCACCUUGUUCCUUCCCUCUUGAUUUUUAUAUAAACCCAAUUGAUUUGUUGAGCAUUACAAAAGAAAAAAAAGACUGCAUUAAGGCUGUGUGAAUACUUUAAAAAUGACAAUAUUUACAGCAUGAAAAUAUAGACAUUAAACUCACAGCCAGCUUUGAGAUGAAGCUUUAUUUUUUAGUUUUUGCAGAGGAACAUAGAAAAAAGAAAAGUGUUUGAGUGGCAGAAGAAGUUUGAAGACGUGUGUGCGCUCACCUGUCAUGUGUGUCAUGUAGUCGCUCUCUCUGCAGACUGAUGGACUGACAGUUACUAAUUGGCUCAUUGGUCUGUUGGCCUGUAGCUACUUAUUAAACCCUUCAAUGCUAAAUCACAUAGAUAUGAACUGCAGUUAGAAACACAUUGUAUUUCAAAUAUUUAUUUUAUAUUUCUAUUUAUCACAUUAUGUGGCUAGUAUUAAUAUAUUAAUUAGUUCUUUAUUCAAUGAUUAUCAUAUACACGUUCUGUUGUUUCACAUCAGGAAAUGGCCAAAAUAAAGAAUUUGUUCCUGCUCACCACAAGAGGGGUUCAACACAGCAGCAUGUUCCAGAUGUUUCUGUAGCAGCUGGAUUUCCUGCUUUGAACAAAACAAAAAGAAAACACCUGUCUCACAUGUCUCUCUGUCCAUUGUGCUGCUCUUAUCAUGCUCAUGUUGUGUUACUGUUGCUCCGUGUUGUUCUUCAGAUUUAUAUAACCUAACAUUUCCACCACAUAGAAAAUUAAUAUUGUUGCUUGUGAUUAUUUAUUUGGCAUAUAUUCUGUACAUGUAGGUCUCUUAUCUUUGUAAAUAUUUCAUAGUUGAUUUCCCCCCUUAAAAAAUGCUUUAUUCAAAAAGAAAACAAAGAUUUAGAAAUUAGCAUCUACCAAGCAACAAGUGCAUCCUGAGUCUGUUGUGCACCUCUGUGAUGUAGUUUUGACUAACAUUUGCACUCUGCACAAGUUACAAAAAUCAUCCUUCACUCUGUGUUGCCCUUUGCUUUGACAUUGUAAUAUAUGGUAGUGACUGCAGUCACUUUCUUAAUGAUGGUUUGGAUUCUAUAUUGUGAAGAAGAAGAAUAUGUUAUAUUGAUGUAAAUAAGUCCUGCAGUAUCCCAUUUGUAGCAUUUGUCACACUGCUAGUAGGCCUAAAACACAUGCAUUCGCUGAGGUGUUAGAACAUAUAAACCUCCACACACUGUUCUUCCUGAGACUGCAUAUACUCUCACUUCCCAUAAUGCCUUUCACCUAACAUGCUUAUUGUUGCGUAGCUGUGUCCCAUUUCAGGUGUCACCUCAGAGGAAUAAAGGUUGAGACCGUAAUGCCUCACACAGCCUAAAAGCCACAAGCUGAGAUUAGCAUUAGUACCCGAGAGCGUCCACGUGAUGUCAGUUUAGUCACCUGAACUUUAUUCAGACCAUGCACGCCGACGCACGUGGGUCCAUGUCCACCCAUGCAGGAACCCUGUAUACUGUAAACAGAAGUGUGUGCAUGUCUACUGUCCUCUCUGCUGCCCCGUCCACGUCCCUUAAUGCUGUAUUUAAAGGUGCUAUAUGUAAGUUUUGCAAUUGCUACAUAGCUAAUGUUAGCAUUAACAGCUGUUUACUCAGUCUAGAAGAAAUGUUGUAAGUUCACCAUCAAACUUCAUUCCUUUACUAGCCAACAGCUGUCUACAGAGGUGGAAACAAACACCAGUGUUAACUCGGUCUCUAUCAUGUCUUUUCUUCAACUGAAGUUGGCAUGCUAACAGGUAGCCCGUCUCAUGACUUCCUGAUAGUGACUCACCGUAGCCUCCAGUGUGUCCUGAAGAAGUAGCUGGUCAGAGGAUGUAUUGUAACCUCUUGUAUUAUAAAGACAAAAAUGGCUGAAGCUCUUGUUUGGACUCCAUCACCGCCACCUGCUCCUAACAAGAAAGCAGAGAAAACUUACAGAUAGGUAAGGUUAGUUCCAACUUGUAAAAUUCACAUUUCCAAGAUUACCGCCAGGAAGUUACCCUCAAAUGAAAUACUGUAACCUUGUCACUGCUGGGCCUUAAAAAUCUUCCCAUAACUUCAACCUUUGAGAACCUUGUGAGGUGCUGGUUCUAGACCUUGACCAGUAGGUAGUUGAUCUGAUUGGACUUGUGGCCCAAAGUGGCAUCAAACCAGUUGGUAGUUUUUCCAUUUAUGCCUUUGUGCACUUAAUCUUAUUAGUCAUCUUGGUUCAUCUUUGUCUCUGCAUUGUUUGGUCGUCUACAUCCCCUUUUCUGCUGAAUGCUAGCUUGCUUUGGUAACCCUUGUUGUGAUGUGAAAACACAUCUGCGUUACCAAUCACGAUCGAUCAACAGCAGUGUUGCCCACCUCUGAACAAUACCUGAGACCCCCAGAACCUAAACCUAGCUCCAGAAACUGACUGGAGAACAAAACUAAAGCAGGAAACAAAGCAGAAGUUAUGACAAUGGCUAAGUGCUACGUUGCGUCAGUAGAAAAGGGAUAGAAGCAGUAAAUACAAGUUGACAUCACCUGAAUGCAUUACCAGUUAAUCAUGUGACUCAAACAGUUGCCCAGUUUUGGGACAGAGGAGGCUGCGAUUCUUGGCUCAUUUGGAAGAGUCUGAAUUAGAAAGACCUUGUGGAUCCAUUAUGACAUUUUCAAACUGCAAAGAGGCACCCUAAAGUGGAACACAGUGACUCAGUGACAGGCAGCCAUUUUGAAAACAGUUCCCCCUUCCAAAACAAAGAGACACCUGAUUCUCCAAAAACUCAACCUUUGUGUCAUUUAUUCUUUCUCUUAGAAGCUCAUGUCCCUGUGUGUCUCGCUGCAGAACCUCAAGGCAAUAUCCUCUGUGUUUUCAUGUUUUUUCUCUGAUGCUGUUGUCUUGCAGUGUUUUCAUGUCACACACCCCCGCUCAGGCGGUUGGGUAGCCUGAGUGAGGGUGUGUGAUGAAGAAAGACCCGAAACACCUGAUGAGUUCAGGAGCAUCACUGAGGACGUGUCCUUGGAUGUCUCUGAGCCACAGUGUGUUCACUCUGACCUCGGUUCGAGCACUGGGGUUGUUAAUCUGAGCAUCUUGAAAAAGAGGAGCAUGGUGCUGAAGUGGAAGAAAACAGCGAGUGAAAGCACUCAGAGAUUAUUGGGUUUGAACUUUCUUUCUGGACUCAUUGGAAGAGUUUUCUUCAAAAUCUGGUCUGGACACCUGUACUCUCCUCCUCCUCCCUCAUGGCCUUGUCUUCGUCCCCCGAGUGUAUCACAGUGGGGAAAUGUUGUAAACUGGCUAUAUAACAAAGAAAAGAGGAUUAUGCAUAUUUGCUGAUACACAGUGCUUUUUUUCUCGUCCUUUUGUUUGUGCACAUCGACUCGAGGUGUGUUAAGAGUCGAGCAUCUGUUUUUACUGUCUGCAUCGUCUCCACUCACCUUUCACGGGGAAAAAGAAAAUCUCAAUGUGCAGUUUUACAGCUUUGUGUUGUUCUUUUUUAUUAUUUUCAAAAUGCUGCAAAGUCUAGAAUUUUACUAGUGUACAUUUUUUAACUGAUUGAUCACAUGCUGUAUGGCUUUUUUUUAAACAAAUUCUCAUAUUAGCAUCUUGUUUUUAUCAUGUGUAUCAGAGCAGCAAAGUCUCGCUUCAACAUGCAGAAUAAUAGCUUUUGUAAGGUACAUCUACUCAACAGAAAGUGGCAUAAAUAUAUUCACCAUGUAUGCGUGUAUGAUGAGAUGUUGCAACUUCUGCUAGCGACGCCUUCUUUAUAGUAAAGCUAUCUCCUUUUCUCUA